AUGCUGAAAUCACCAUUACAGGAUCAUGUCCCGACCAAAGCGGAGCUUGUGCAGGAUGGUGAAACACGCAACAAACGAAUCGGCAGAGAUGUGGAUUUCGAAACUCCAGUAGUGGACGAUGUAGAGCGCACAUGCAUACUGCCUGUGUUUUCCAUCGAUUGCGAGAUGUGCGAGACUAAGAGCGGGCCGGCGUUGACGCGUGUGUCGAUUGUCAACGAAGCCGCAGAAGUGGUCAUGGACGAAUUGGUCAUGCCGGAUGAGCCCAUCACCAAUUAUUUGACACAGUUUUCGGGAAUGACUCGAGAAUUGUUGAAGGGGGUGACAACGACUGUGCUGGAUGUGCAGACCCGGAUCCGGUCAUUGAUACCAGCUAAUGCCAUUCUGUUGGGCCACUCGCUCGAGAAUGAUUUGCGGGCCAUGAAGUUAGUACACCGACGUGUGAUCGACACAUCGCUGCUGUACCCACACCCCGGAGGAAACGGCCUCAAACAGGGUCUCAAGACGCUAUGUCGCACACACUUGGACCGAAGCAUUCAGGAGGGUGUUGGAGGUCACGAUAGUAUUGAGGACGCACGGGCGUGUCUAGCGUUGUACGCGCUGAAAAUGAAAAAGGGCCCGAGGUUCGGAAUCAAUACACGCACACAGGUGUCGGAGAGCAUCUGCAGACGGUUGACCAGGAGUAAGAAGACCAGCGUGUUAAUUGAUAAGCUGGAGCUGAUAAAGAAGCACACCGACGCGAACGUCAUCAACCACAGGAACGAUCAACAGGCCGUUGCCGCGAUGUUGAAGCAGUGUCAAAGAGACGUCAACUUUCACUAUAUCCGCUUGUUUGCGGUAUCGGAUUUUGUCAAAUCGUUCCACACGGAGGAAACGAAGUUACUGGAGGCAACAAACUCAGUUACACGCAGGGAAAUCAGUGCUAUACCGACUACUAAAAAUAGCACAGAUAUUGUAUAUCAGACAGAGUCUGUCGGUAGCAUAGAAGAAGCAACACAAGGUACGCUAAACACGACGGAAGAGAGUACGGGUAAGGUUAAGACUGAAGUUCGUAACGGGACAACUGGUGAGCAAGCUAUAGUAGACGAUGCCAGUGAGUCCUCUCAAGAGAUGACCAGUAAAUGGACUGUGGAGGUAUCGCCUGCGCUCCGUGAAGGUUCCAUGUGCUUAACAAAAGAGGAGUACACGGAGCAGAUGGAAGAGGUUUUGACGCAAUUGGAUGGUAGAAUUGGCAAGCUCAUAGCGGCCAUGCCCAAGAAUGCGGUGGUCAAUGUUAUUGCUGGCCCUGGAGUGCUACCAGAAUCAGAGAAAGCGAAUAAGCACCAGUUGUUCAGUGCGAGAAACGGUUUUAUGUUUAUGAAGGUGAUCAGUGGAAAUGGGGAGGCGGGUGCUCGUGAGCCCAUGGAGGAAGAUAAAUAA